AUGGAUCCUGACGAUGAGGUUAUAGUUUUCAUUCUCCUUUGCUGGUAUUGGAAACGGUUAGACUCAAAAAGAAAAAGAAAUGAAAAGAUAAGAGACUUGAAUUUGGCAUUGACCGGUCAUGCAUACACACAAGAAUUGUUGCAUGGAACUUCUACACAGUGUCAUGAGUUGAUGCGUCUUUCACGUGAUGCAUUUGUACUAUUGUGCAAUCAUUUUAAAGAAAAAAAUUGGUUGCAAAGUAGUAGGUCAAUAAGCUUUGAAGAAAAGUUGGCUAUGUUUUUAACAGUCAUAGGCCAUAAUGAACGUUUUCGAAUGGUUAAACGAAGGUUUCAGCACUCAACAGAAACAAUUCAUAGAUGUUUUCAUGAGGUCCUAAAUGCAAUGAUGAGUUUCGCAAGAGAAGUUAUAAAUCCAACAUCUUCUAAUGCAAUUGCAAAUACUUCAGAACGACAUAGAAAACUAAAACAAAUAUUCCCUGGAGCAAUAGGUGCGCUAGAUGGAACUCUUGUACAUGCAGUCGUGCCUGUUGAUCAACAGACUCGUUACAGGGGAAGAGGAAAGGGUGAAUGCUUUCAGAAUGUCUUAGCAAUUUGUGAUUUUGAUAUGAUAUUCACGUUUGUAUGGGUCGGAUGGGAGGGGAUUGCACAUGAUUCACGAGUUUUAAAAGAAGUAGCAUUUAACCCGACUUCCGGGUUUUCCUUCCCCCCCACCAGGUUUUUAAUCAUUUUAACUUUAAUUAUUUAUAAAUUACCUAUUGUUUAUGUAACAGUUUUGAUACUGGUGUUUACAGAUAAAUAUUACCUUUGUGACGCUGCAUACACCAACACUCGUGGGUUUAUGACUCCCUACCGUAAUACGAGAUAUUGGCUAGCCGAUUUUCGACGACAACGUGCGUUAACUAAGGAAGAAAAAUUCAAUCAUGCCCAUGCACAACUCAGAAAUGUUAUUGAGCGCUCAUAUGGUGUUUUGAAGGCGAGAUUCCCAAUCCUAAAGCAAAUGGCUCCCUUUUCUUUUCCAAGCCAAAGGGACAUAGUGAUCGCCUGUUUCGCCGUCCAUAAUUUUAUAAGGAAGUGCAAUAUUCGUGAUCAAUUAUUUGUGGAGUAUGGCGAGAACACUGUGUUUUCUGAAAUACAAGGUGGAGAAAAUGUUGGGCAGUUCGUUCACGACAUAGAAUGGGGUUCACAAGACAUCGAGUAUAUGACUACUUUGCGUAACCAGAUAGCUAGUCAACUAAUUUGA